AUGCCCACAAGGCUUCGGUUGAACGUCGGAACGGACGAUGAACGGCCAGGACUAUGGUUCUUGCAGCUGACCGGUCUUCUUUUGCCUCAGUCUUGUAGCGCUGGGCAGCUGCAUGCAGCUAUGCUUGCCACACGAAAAGACUCAGCGUGGGGUGCUUGCCAGCGAACACGGGAGAGGGAAAAGAGCACGGAGAAUGGAGGAGAGACAAUACUGCGUGCCCUGGCAGAGCGCAGGUUGAGCUAG